CAAAGUACACUAGACUCGCCUUGGACAAAUACAUUGGGAGCCUCUCACCGUUCACACACACAUGUGAAGCGUGCAUUGACGCAGAGAAUGUGCGGAAAACCAACGAGAAAGCCAGAUUGGUGAAAUUCGUUGGUGAGAGAAAGAAAAUCGAUAAUUGAAGGGUAUCAAUUUGUCAAUGACACACAAAAAGUCAUAACAAUUGAUUCCCAAACACAAACAAACAAUGAUGAUGAAGCCGGCUAUGAAUCGAAUGCGACUGAUGUAACCGUCAAGGGAAAAAUCGAGUGAUGAAAAUGGUGCGAAAAAUAAAAAGAAAAAGAAGAAAAAAAAGAGCAAAAAGAAGAAGGGGGAAAAAGAGCAAAAUAACACAAAUACAGACAAAAAUACAGAGCAUGAACAAAGACUAGGACAGCAGCAACAACAACAACAACAUCAGAGUGACCAUUUACAGGAUGGUCAGUAGGGUGUUUCCGGUGUCAAAAUAAUGGAAAAUGUGAGCAGUUUUUUCUAUAAUAAAUAUUUUCAUCAUCAUUCAUUGAACAUUAUCCUUCGUAUAAAAUGAAUCAGUUAACAUACUUAGAGCGUCCAUCCGUAUCAGUUGUGUACAAGACAUGGGAAUCAUUUUCUACACGUGGAUUGAGCGAUUAUAACGGGGGCGGCAUGGCAAUAAUGGACGUAAAUAACGGGAAUAUUACUUAUCUACCUACCCCAUUCAUCACGCAAUUUCCUACAAUGAAUGAUGUAUUGCGGGCAAACAUUCGCACAUAUUCUACGUUCGAAGAUGUAUGCGCAGGAUUCUUUAAAUAUCCAGAUGCUUUACCUGGCGUUAGUUCUGUUGUUCAUACACAUUCAGCCAAUGCUAAACAGGUCGCUGCUAAGCACACCGGUGGAUAUAUGAUUCCUCGAGAUUUCGACGUAAACACACAGGGCAUUUCAAACCGAACAAAAGGUUUCCACAUUCAAGAUAUCCACAUACCCGUGCUUCCAGCUUGCUCAACAAAUGACGAACUUAUGGCAAGAUUGAAUGAAUGUUUCAAUUAUAAUCCAAAUUCGUGCAGUGCCUUGGUACAAAGACACGGACUUUUUGUCUUUGGUGCUACAUGGCAAGAAGCAAAACGCGAAUGUGAAUCAUUGGAAAAGAUCUUCGAAAUCGAGCUAGCAUAAUAACUUUGCAUACAAACCUACAAAAACAAGAAAAACACUAUGAAAUUCUUUAUGUUUAUUGAGAACUCAAUGUAUAAA